GUUGCGCCAUUUAUCGAUGGUUAUGGUUUAGCAUCGAAAAAAAUUUCUUGUGUGUGUAGUUUAUGUGUAAUUGUAAUAAGAAGCGCGAUGAAUCGAUGCAACUAGCGUUCCCCGCGCGCAACGAUCAUGAACAUUGACGGAGUCUGAUAAUUUUGUAAAUUUACUGAUGUGCUGAUGAACUCUACCGAGACAAAAGUGGACUGCGUAUUGAGUGGUGAGACUUUCAGUUUUUAAUCUGGAGAUACUUUGACGCAGGAACGUCAGACGGAGACGGAGACGGGAGACAGUGUUGUGAAUAACAACGUUUGUGUUUUGAUAUGUUUGUGGGUGACAAACAGCUGCUGUUUAAUGACGCGGUGAUUUAUUUAACACAAGAUGCUUCAAGACUCCAGGUCCCCGAGAACAAACGCAACCAGUGGUGCUGGUGCUGCCAGUGUUGGCAAGACAAUUACCAGAAGAAUGACAGGGAAUGGAUGCUCCAAAAGAUCGGAUCGUACUUUCGAAUUGGGUCCGUCGUCGGACUUGAUAAUGAACGAUUUUGACGACGAGCGAACUUUAGAUGAAGAAGAAGCUAUGGAAGGAAGUGAAGAUUCGCACAAUGAACUUUCAAAUUUGCAAAAAGAAGGAGAUAUGCCGUUGAAUGAGUUGCUGGCAAAGUACGGGUACAAUCAUACAUCAACAGACAAUUCAAACAGUUCUGAUCAGCUGGUACUGAUUCGAGAUGCUGAUGAACCUGAGUCUGCUUUGAAUCCUGAUAAAACAGAUGAUAAUGAUGCAGAGGAGUUCGAAGAUGAAGCGGAGGAGGAUGAAGAUGAGGACGAUGGCGAUGAUGAUGAGGAUGAUGAAGACGAAGAUGAUGACGAGGAGGCCAGUGUAAGACGAAAAAUAGCCAACAAGUCGCAGCCGAGUCUUCGACAAUUUUACACCGAAAUGGUGAAGAAAAAAGAGGCCGAGCGCUUGGAUGAAAUUGGCGCCAAGUCUACUAAUGCGCGUCAUUCAGGAACUACUGGAGAUAGACAUCGGGAUGAUGGUUUCUGCGGUGUCUCCUAUGGGAAUGUCAAUAGAGACGCUGGUGAUGGACUAGUCAGUGGUCCUGGUGGCGACGCUCCACCUGACGGAGAAGGUGGCGGGGAUGCUGGUAAUAAUGCUCAUAGUGGGGGUGGGGAUGACAACGACAAUGGCGCUGGUAGGCCUGCCGAUGAGGAAGAUGACGACGACGAAGAUGACGAGGAAGAGGAUGACGAUGAAGACGGCGAAGGCACAGUCGCUCGUGAAGUUGGAGUCAGCAGUGUCGGUAGUGGUAAUGCUGGCGGUGGUUCAUCACGGCUUCUCCGAAGUGUUUCACGUCCUCAGAGUGAGGAGGAAGACGACGAUUGUGAUUAUAGUCCCGAUGAAGAGGAAUGGAAAAAAACAAUUAUGGUUGGUAGUGAUUACCAAGCUACGAUUCCAGAAGGUCUUUGUCGUUAUGACGACGCUCUACCUUACGAAAACGAAGACAAAAUUUUAUGGAAUCCUACUUAUAUACCAGAAGACGCGACCGAAGAGUUCCUUGAACGCGCGCAAUUGCCCACGAAUAAAGGAACCUCUAUGCCCGCUGGUCCCCACAUUCGAGAUGACGAACAGGCUCUGUAUCUGCUGCUACAGUGCGGAUAUAAUCUUGACGAAGCUCUUAGAAGACGGAGAAUGAACGUACUGCCGCCGACAGACGCGAUAAGUCUCUGGUCUGAAGAAGAGUGUCAUAACUUUGAAUCAGGACUGCGAGCUUACGGCAAAGAUUUUCAUCUUAUCCAAAAAAAUAAGGUAAGAACAAGAUCUGUUGGUGAGCUCGUUCAAUUUUACUACUUGUGGAAAAAAACUGAAAGACACGAUAUAUUUACUUACAAAGCGCGACUUGAAAAAAAAAAAUACGCACUUCAUCCGGGUAUCACCAGAGACUAUAUGGACAGAUUCUUGGAGGAGCAAGAGGGAGUUCGUGACAGAAGCAGUUCACCAAACGUCAACUGUUUGAUUCACGGUGAUGCUAAACGACAGCGGAGUAACGCGAACAUGACAAACAAUCACAACGAAGGUGGAAAAUCAACUGAGUCGUGGGACGGCGCCACGAGUGAGGAUCCACUGGGUGAUGCCAACAGUACAGACUCCGUUUCAGCCACGUUUCACGGGCAAUAAGUUGACGAUCUCUCAGCGCAAGUCUCGGGCUUUUUACACCUUCCAGUGUUUGACAGAGAACAAGAACAAGAUUUAUU